AAUAGAUUUUAUUGCACUAAGUGAAACGUGGCUUAGCUCAGAUGGCGCAGCUGUUUUAAUCGAAUCUGCGCCUCCGGAUUACAGUUUUACUCGUGCUGAUCGCCAAGGAAAGAGAGGUGGCGGAUUAGCAAACAUUUACUCUAGCAGGUUAAAAUGUAAAAAUAUCAGUUUGGUAAGUUCAAGUCUUUUGAGUAUCUCGCCAUUGUUAUUCAGGGAGAUUCUCACGUUCUAGUAUUAUCCGUGUAUAGACCUCCUAAAUUCAACGCGUCUUUCUUUGAGGAAUUCUCUGACUUGAUGUCAAUCUUAAUUACGAACUAUGACACACUCUUAAUAGUCGGCGACUUUAAUUUUCAUGUAGAUAAUCAAUGUGACCAAAAAGUAAAAGAAUUUAUGAACCUCCUGGACUCUUUUGAUUUGAGACAGCUCGUUAAUCAGCCUACACAUAAAGCAGGUCAUACGUUAGACUUAGUAAUUACUAAAGGACUAAAAGUUGAUAUAAAGCAGGUCAUUGAUACGGGUCUUUCAGACCAUUUUCUUCUACUUUUUAAUAUAGAAAUAAUGAUAGAAAACACUCAUGAGAAGCAUAUUGUUAAAAAACGCUUCUUAGACUCAUCAGCAACUUUAAAACUUACAAACAUUCUAACCAAUCAGUCCGUUUAUAGUGCCAACUAUAAUAGCGAGGAGAAUGUAAAUAGUAAGGUGGAAAGAUUUAAUACUAAAGUGAGGGCUGCUGUUGACAUAGUUGCACCUGAAAAGACAGUUAAAAAAUCUUCUAGCAUUGUUAUACCUUGGAAGACCCAAAGAGUGUCUGAUUUAAAGAGAACAUGCCGUAGAGCUGAGCGUAAAUGGAGGAAGACUAAACUAACUAUUGACUAUGAGAUAUUAAAAGUUAAAAUAACAGAAUACAAUAACACAGUCCGUCUUGAGAGGCGCUGCUAUUUCUCUAAGAUUAUAAAUAACAAUGCUAGUAAUCCCAGAGUCUUAUUUUCGACAAUUGAUCAUCUGUUAAACCCAGGUAACUCAAAGGAAUGCCUCCUAAGUACUUCCAGUAAAACCUGUGAGGCUAUCGCUGUAUUUUUCAAUCAAAAAAUUAAUGAUAUUAGAAAUAACAUAGUAUAUCUCCCCAACACUAAGGAUCCUCCGAAACCCCAGUACUCCAUAAUAAAUAAAUUAGAGUCUUUCACUAGGAUAGAUUUACCUGAUUUACAUAAAAUAAUUUCUCAAAUGAAACCAUCCACCUGUGCCCUUGACCCAAUACCAACAAAUUUUUUCAAAGAAGUAUCGGGUGUGCUUAUUGAUAAUGUUCUUGACAUAGUAAAUUCGUCAUUAGAUACGGGGGUCUUCCAGACUGUCUUAAGACUGCGGUAGUUAAACCCCUACUUAAGAAAAAUAAUCUCGACCCCUCUGCUCUUGAAAAUUAUAGACCCAUCUCUAACCUGCCUUUCUUAAGUAAAAUUCUAGAGAAGGCAGUCAUUAUGCAGUUAAAUGAGCACCUCAAUAAACAUGCUAUUCUUGAUAAAUUUCAGUCAGGUUUUAGAACAAAUCACAGCACAGAAACUGCACUCGUUAAAGUAGUAAAUGACUUGCGGGUAAAUGCAGACAGAGGCCAUUUAUCUGUUCUCAUCCUCUUAGAUUUGAGUGCCGCAUUUGACACCAUUGAUCAUAAUAUUCUUAAGAAUCGCCUUAGUCAAUGGGUGGGCCUCUCUGGCAGUGUCUUAAAUUGGUUUGAAUCCUACCUGGCAGGGAGAAAAUUCUUUGUUAGUUGUGGUAAUUAUAACUCAAAGACACAUGAUAUUCUAUAUGGUGUUCCACAAGGCUCUCUCCUGGGUCCGCUGCUCUUCUCAAUCUACAUGCUUCCAUUAGGUCAGAUUAUCUCAGGGUACAACAUGAGCUACCACAGCUAUGCUGAUGACACACAGCUGUAUUUAUCAAUAGCACCUGAUGACCCCGAUUCUCUUGAUUCAGUAACACAAUGUCUUACUUGUAUUUCUGAAUGGAUGAAUAGUAAUUUUCUAAAGCUAAAUAAAGAGAAAACUGAAAUUUUAGUGAUUGGCAAUAAUGGAUACAAUGAGGCUAUUAGAAACAAACUGGAUGCAUUAGGAUUAAAAGUCAAGACGGAGGUAAAAAACUUAGGGGUAACUGUUGACUGUAAUCUGAAUUUUAAAUCGCAUAUUCAUCAGACCACUAGGACAGCACUUUUUCACUUAAGAAACAUAGCAAAAGUUAGACCUCUUAUAUCAUUGAAAGAUGCUGAGAAAUUAGUUCACGCAUUUGUUUUCAGUCGACUAAAUUACUGUAACGCACUCCUCUCAGGACUACCCAAAAAAGAUAUAAAUCGUUUGCAACUAGUGCAGAAUGCAGCUGCUAGAAUCCUAACUA